AUGGGGUACACAGACCUGGUCUUCGAUCUCAUCCGGAACCCACGGCAUACAGUAUGGAUUGGCGCGUUGGCUGUCCUGGCGGACGCCGCUCUAUGCGCUCUAGUGAUCUGGAAGAUUUCAUAUACCGAGAUUGACUGGGAGACAUACAUGUACCAGGUCUCGCUGUACCUGUCCGGCGAGCGCGACUACACGCGGAUCGAGGGCCCAACGGGACCGCUCGUCUAUCCUGCUGCACACGUGUACAUCUACACGUUGCUCUCGCGGCUGACAGACGGCGGGGCGGACAUCCUCAUGGGUCAAGUGAUCUUUGCGGCGCUGUACUUGCUCACCUUGAUUGUCGUGGUGGCCUGCUACCAUCGUGCGGGCGCGCCGCCAUACCUGCUCCCGCUGCUCGUGCUAUCGAAACGCCUCCAUAGUGUCUUCGUUUUGAGACUGUUUAACGAUGGGUUUGCCGCUGCCGCGAUGUGGGCUGCGAUAUAUCUUUUUCAGAGGAGGCAGUGGCUGCCUGCUGUGGUGCUCUGGUCGGCCGGCGUAGGGAUCAAGAUGACCCUCGUUCUACUUGCGCCGGCCAUUGUCAUCAUCACCAUCUUGAACUUUACACUGGUGGAGAGUGUGUUGCUGGGAUCGGUCGCGCUACUUAUACAGGUCCUGCUGGCGAUUCCGUUCCUCCAGGAGAACCCCGCCGGGUACCUCUCGCGCGCUUUCGAAUUGACUCGGCAGUUUAUGUUCAAAUGGACCGUCAACUGGCGGUUUGUCGGUGAAGAGACAUUUCUGUCCCGAGAAUUCUCCCUGGCCCUGCUAGCCAUCCACCUCUCCCUGCUCGGUCUCUUCGUCACUCGAGACUGGAUUGCUCCGUCGGGAAUGGACCCGGUGCAAUUCGUCCGGCAGAUGAUGGCCGGGAAGCGGCCAAGGGUCGCCCUGUCAAGCUCGUUCAUCAUGACCGUGCUCUUGACCUCCCUCGUGAUCGGUCUGCUGUGUGCGAGAUCCCUCCACUAUCAAUUCUAUGCCUAUCUGGCCUGGGCAACGCCAUUCCUCCUCUGGCGGGCGGGAUUCCACCCGGUGCUGAUAUAUACCGUCUGGGCCGUCCAAGAAUGGGCCUGGAACACAUACCCCAGCACCAACGCUAGUUCCGCCGCCGUCGUCCUCUGUCUCGUGAUCCAAAGCGUUGGUAUUUUUCUGAGAGACGAGAAGACUCCACGAGCGGCAGCCUUAGAAUAG